AUGUAUUCACAUUUCAAAACAUUACAAUCAAUAGAUGACAAUGGUAGUGAUUCAAUGAUACCGGACGAAAGAGUAAGAGAGAUAUCAGCUAUUAGCAAUCGUUAUCAGUCUGUCUUAUUGGCAACGAUCGAUCAAAUUCAAAAAUCAUUGGAUUCCGGUAACUACUUGGACUACGAUGAUAGUUCACAACAAAGAGAGAAUCCAUUCGAUGAAGAUUUAGUUAUUAAAGAAAAAACAAGAAUUGUAGAGAUUAUGAAAGAAUCUAAAGAAUCAAAGAUAGAGUUAAUUAUAUUCUGUGGUAGUGUUAAUAGUAUCUAUCCGUUGUUGUGUGCAAAAGUAUCGAGAGAGUUGGGUAUAAAGUGUAAUUUGAUUGCACGUGAAUCACUAUAUGAAGUUAAACCUCAAUAUCAAAUGGCUCUCAAAGGUAUACAAUCGAUGUUGACCAUACUUACACCAUCACAAUACUCUCAAAGAAUUAAAUAUAUCGAAGAUAAAUAUCAAUCAUCAUCAUCAUCUCAAUCAAAUAAUAUAACAUAUGUAGAAUGUGAUGAUUUAUAUCAAAAAUAUAAAUAUGAAUAUGAUAAUCUACAAGUAUUGUCUAUUAUUUGGAAGAUUGCACAUCUGUUUUAUUUCUCACCUGCUAUAUCACCCUAUCAAUUGAUAGAGUGUCUACAUUUCGAUAGACAGUCGUUGCACAGUCAGUUUGUUGCUAUGACCAGUAUGUCAGUGUUGGAGACCGACGAGGGCUAUCAGUAUAAACACUUUGCAGAGAUAUCGCCACUUGCCAACAUCCGUGACAACCUAAUCGUUGACUAUGCCCAGUAUCUCGCUUCUGACCAAUCGCUUGUCGAAGUUGCAUGCAACUAUCUACUGUACACAAAGAACGGUCCUUUCAUUAUCGACCAAAUCAUCCAACGUCAACCAAUCUCCAGUGAGAAACAAGCAUUGAAACUAUUGGAAUAUUGUCAAUCGCAAGAUACUCAAAGAUUUAUUUAUAGAAUGUUAUCAAUGGAAGAUUAUAAGAAUCAGCGAUAUGCUUCUGCUCUGUCUUGGUUGAUGAAGGGUAAAGAUAGUGAGAGAAUAUCUCAACUAUCAACCUACUUGCUCAAUGAAAAGUUGGAUUCAAACUUGUUGGAUGACUUACAAUCAUUGGUAGAAACAAAGUUGAAUGAGAUUCAAUAUUAUAGAGAAUUAGAUUUCUUAAUUAAAUAUAAAGAAUUAAUUACACUUUGGAAGAACUUUGAUGACUAUUCCAAAUGUUUUUGUGGUAUGCUUAGAGAUAAAGUCGUACCCAAACCAUUUUGGAUUCGUUUGUUAUUGGAUAUUGUACCGUUACUCGAAAGCUCAAAGAAAGUAUACUUUGGAUAUGACGAUACCAUUCUGCUGUUGAAUUGCUUGGAGGAGAUCUGCUCACCACAUCUGAUCGAUCAGUAUCUCGAGGGUGUCUCUGAUUCUGAAAUUCAGACACUCCGAUUGGCACUCGCUAGAAAUGUAUCGAAAUCAUUUAUAUUUGCAAAUCAUCAUUCAAACAUCAGCAACUCACUGACUACCAUUAACAACACCACUGCCAUGAUAACUCCAUAUUCACCAAGUAAAUUUCAACAACAAUCAUCGUCAUCACCUUUACAAUUAAAUAAUGGUUAUCAUGCGACAGCAACAUCAUCAUCGACAACACCAACCAAUAUUAUAAACUCAACAAUAUUUACAAUGAAUAAAUAA